AUGGCAAUCUCUCCGAAGGUAUACACCUGGCUGUGCGGUUUCUUCGCCGCCCUGGGCUCUGUCACGUUUGGAUAUGACUUGGGUAUCAUCGCCUCGGUUUUGCCCUCGGAAGACUUUCUCGCCACGACCGGAAACCCGGACUCCACCGCGCAAGGGCUCAUCGUCGGCUGCCUCCUCCUCGGCGCAUUCGCGUCGAACAUCUACGUCGGCUCGCUCGCGGACGCAGUCGGGCGCCGCCUCGCCAUCCUCUCCGGCUGCGUCGUCUUCCUCAUCGGGGGCUCCUUCCAGGCCGCGGCGCAGAAUAUCCAUUACAUGUAUGGCGGGCGGUUCCUCGCGGGGAUGGGCAUCGGCAUGCUCGCGAUGCUCGCGCCACUGUACCAGGCGGAGAUUGCGCAUCCGAGUAUCCGGGGGCGCUUGACGACACUGCAGCAGUUCAUGCUCGGGAUUGGCGCGCUUAUUGCGUCGUUCAUUGGAUAUGGGUGUUUCCACGGUCUGACUGGCCAGGCGCAGUGGAGGAUUCCUUUGGCCGCCAUCCCUCUCGCGUUGUUCGUCUUGCUCCUUCCGGAGAGUCCCCGAUUCCUUGCCAUGAAGGGCCGCAACGAGGAAGCUCUGCAGGUACUCGCCCGCUUGCACGCUCACGGCGACAUCCACGACACUUUUGUCGUCAGCGAACACAAGGAGAUCCUUGCGCAAGUCCAGCUUGAGCGUCAAGAAACCCGGAACGCGUGGUCGCAGCUCUUCCUCGUCAGGAGCAACUUCCGCAGACUAGUACUCGGUGUCGCGCUUCAGUUCAGUAUUCAGAUGACGGGUGUCAGUGUCAUCCAGUACUACGCCCCGCGCAUCUUCGAGAGCAUUGGUAUCGACACGUCUACAACGCUGGGCCUCCAGUCAGGAAACUCAGUCAUCGCGCUUAUCGGAGAAGGCCUGUGCAUCUGGUUUAUUGACCGCCUUGGCCGUCGCGGUCCCUUCAUCUGGGGCAACGCGCUCUCGGGGCUGACUUUCGUGAUUGGGACGAUCAUCAUCGCGGUGUUCCCGGCCGAGGCGAACAACCACAACGCGGCCCGGACGUUCGUCGCCAUGACUUGGCUAUUCAACUUGGUCUUCUCUUCGUGCUGCGGGCCUCUGUCUUGGGCGAUUCCGGUAGAGAUGUUCAAUAGCGCGACACGGGCCAAAGCUACCGCCAUCACGUCUUCAGCGGCUUGGAUUUCUAACUUCAUGAUCGCCCAGCUCACCCCGAUUGCAUUUGACCACGUCGGCUGGAGAUUCUAUCUCGUCUUCGCCGUUUGCGGAUUCUCGAAUGCUCUGUUCUUCUGGGCUUUCCUUCCGGAGACGAAGGGCAUUCCCCUCGAAGAGCUGGAUUCCUACUUUGCCAGCGUGCCCAUCUUUGUGCCUGGGUCAAAGGUGUACGUUCCGGACGGCUUGACGCGCGAGGAGGAGCUGCGCCAAGGCAAGGUCUUUGUGCCGGAAGGCGCGGAGGUGGAAGAAGUCGUGGACGAAAAGGGCUCGGAGAAAGCCCAGAUCGAGCACAUGGCUUAA